UCAAACAUCAGUAUAUUGUCCGGUAUUAGUUUAUCAGGAUGUCGGCGUCUGCUAUAUUCAUUCUGGAUCUAAAGGCAAGGUGUUGAUAAGUCGUAACUACAUGGGAAACAUGGACAUGAAUGAGAUCGACCAUUUCAUGCCUAUAAUGAUGAGGAUGGAGGAGGACGCAGACACGUCGCCCCUGGUGACCAGCGGCUCUUCACACUUCCUGUGGAUCAAACACAGCAACCUCUACCUGGUGGCAAUGACCAAGAAGAAUGCCAAUGCUGCUCUGGUAUACUCCUUCCUCUACAAAAUAGUACAGGUGUUUAAGGAGUACUUUAAGGAGCUGGAGGAGGAGAGUAUCCGUGACAACUUUGUGAUUGUGUAUGAGCUGAUGGACGAGGUCAUGGACUUUGGCUUUCCCCAGACCACAGACAGCAAGAUCCUGCAAGAGUACAUCACCCAGCAGGGUCACAAACUGGAUGUGGGCGCCCCUCGCCCCCCCGCCACCGUCACCAAUGCAGUGUCCUGGAGGUCAGAGGGCAUCAAGUACAGGAAGAACGAGGUGUUCAUGGACGUCAUCGAGUCCGUUAACCUGCUGGUAAGUGCGACCGGCAGUGUCCUGCGUAGUGAGAUCAUGGGCAGCAUCAAGCUCAAAGUGGUUCUGUCUGGAAUGCCAGAGCUCAGACUGGGCCUCAACGACAAAGUGCUCUUCGAGAUCACAGGAAGAGAGAAGAGUAAGACGGUAGAGCUGGAGGAUGUCCAGUUCCAUCAGUGUGUCCGUCUGUCUCGCUUCGAGAACGAUCGAACCAUCUCCUUCAUCCCCCCGGACGGAGAGAGUGAGCUCAUGUCCUACCGCCUCAACACCACGGUGAAGCCUCUUAUAUGGAUCGAGAGUGUGAUUGAGAAGUUCUCCCACAGCCGAGUUGAGAUCAAGGUUAAGGCCAAGAGUCAGUUUAAGAGCCGCUCCACUGCCAACAACGUAGCCAUCAUGGUACCCGUGCCCAGCGACGCCGACUCGCCUAAAUUCAAGACGAGCACAGGCAGCUGCAAGUAUCUUCCCGAGAAGAGCGUGGUGCAGUGGAACAUCAAGUCCUUCCCUGGAGGCAAGGAGUACAUGAUGAGGGCUCACUUUGGGCUGCCUAGUGUGGAGAGUGAUGAGUUGGAGGGGAAGAGGCCCAUCACUGUCAACUUUGAGAUCCCCUAUUUCACUGUAUCUGGUAUCCAGGUACGCUAUCUUAAGAUCAUUGAGAAGAGCGGCUAUCAGGCGUUACCAUGGGUACGCUACAUAACACAGAGUGGAGAUUACCAACUUCGGACAAACUAAGGGCAAGCCUGCUGCCAGACGAAUGGAUCUUCACUCCCUCCCCCCCUCUCUCUCUCUCUGGCUCCCUGGGAGUGAGGGACAGCAGAGGACAAGGAAAGGAUAACAAUUUUCACCACUCUCCAAAAGGACCAGGCAGCCAUCAUGCCCCUGAUCUGCAGACAUUGAGUACCGUAAAGACUCUGUGACGAUCUCAAUUGCAUACUCGUGUCCUCUCUCUUCGUCUCCUUCUCAAACCCCAUUGGAUGAGAAAGCCAGAGGUCCCACUCCUCUGACCAUCUCCUCCAAUGGGUUUUGAGAAGGAGACGACGCGAGGAGUAUGCAAUUGAGACCAUUCCAUAGUUUCCCUUCAGAACUUGACUGAUGUGUCACCUUUGACAAAGUUUUACAGCAUCUGGAGACAUGUUUUCUCAGUUUAUAGAGUAAUGAAUGUAGGGUUUUCCUAUUGGUCUUGUUGUAAAAAUUGUAUAGUUUGUUUAUUCUCAAGGCAUAGUGUAUUUUAUUUACCGUAAGAAUUCAGGGUGUGAGACAUGGUUGAAAGUCUGUGAACAUUGAAACGUGGCUUUUAUACAGCACUGAUAUAAACUUGUAUCUGGUGGGUGUGGUUAUCAGUUGAUGUUAUCUAGGGUCAGUUCUGUAACAGCAUUCAGUCUCAUGAAAUGAACACCGAGCUGGUCAGAUCAAUGAUUACUAAAUAAUACAAAAUAAACAAUAUUGUCAUCCGUCGCCAUCUUUGUAUUUGCACUCAGCUUACAACUAUAUGGAAAAGACUGAAGGAAUUAUUUUUAUUUUUGGUUUACUGACAAGGAAGUCGUUUAUCUAUCUGGCGGGAACAGAUAACUUGAGGAAAAUACACGAAAGAAAGAAAUAAACCUCCAGACAUACAGGUGGACCAGUAUGAACAAGACCUUGCCUGGCUAUUGUAUGCCAAAAUGUGUUAAAAUUACUGUUUUUAUUUAUGUUUCUCCAUUAAAAAAAACACCCAACUUUUCCAAAGCAGGUGUUGUUUGGUAUAGUUACUGUAGUCUGUUGGGCACCAACCCCUCAUAUCAGCCUUGGGUCUCUGCCAGAGGAAUAGAGUUGAAAGGUUCAGCCCAGACUAGACGCUACAGUCAAUUUGUUAUGUGCAUGAGUUUGCGGUGUGUAGGCCUACUGUAUGAAAUAUUACACGUUCCUUGUAAAAUAGUUGUUUGAGGAACAGAACAAAUAUGACGAUUUUCUUUCAGAUAUUCUCUCCAGUGGGGUUUUAAUGAUUAGUACAUGUGUUUUUCAAUCUCUCAAUAUCUUAUUUAUUAACCAUAUGUAAGUCAAUGGGAGGCAAAGGGACCUAUGUAUAAAUAAAUAAAUGUCUUUGUACCUUC